GCGGGCGAGUUCUUCAAUUCACGUUAAUCUGUGACAGCUGUCGGGGGUUAUGCUGGGACGGACGUUUCGGGACCUGAUAAUCGAGCUGGGGGUCAGAAGGGGAAUUUAUGGGUCAGAGGCCGCCCCCAAGUUGAAGCCCCUCCUCAGAUGUUUUCUCAAACCUCCAUCUCCCUCCACCACUCACGUCCUCACAGAAGAAAACAUCCUUUGAACAGCUCCGUGUCCAGAGAGGAGCAUGCCUAUUCGAUUGUUUCCUUCCAGGUUUAUUUUGACAAAGCCUGGGAUAACCCCAUAGGAAACAGUCUACCUUUCAUGGGAGUACUCAUUUCUGUGAGUGAGUGCAGGCUUCUCUGCGUGACCCAUCCUGGGACUGAGAAGAAUUUACCAGAUUGGUAAAUGGCUCCUGGAGAUUUAGUCUGUCUUUCAGUCCUGAUUCCUCAGACCUCUGCUCUUUUGGAAGAGAAGCAGAAAAUGACCAAGUCUCACGGUCCAUUGUCAUUUGAGGAUGUGGCCAUAGCUUUCACCAAGGAGGAGUGGCAGCAACUGGACCCUGCUCAGAGGACCCUGUACAGAGAUGUGAUGCUGGAGAACUUCAGCCACCUGGUCUCAUUGGGGCAUCCAGUGUCCAAACCAGAUGUCAUCUCCAAGUUGGAACAAGGAGAAGAACCAUGGAUCAUAAAGAGAGACAUAUCAAAUUGGAUCUGUCCCGGUAAAAAUCUGGCAGAGAGGGAGACUAGACUUGAAAAUCCUCAAUUGGACAUACUUGAAGGUGUUUCCUUCCAUAAGGAGAUAUUGGAAGGUGUAACAAGAGAUCAUUCAUUGUACUCCAUUUUUAAGGUAUGGCAGGAUGAUGACCAGCUGGAGAGAGAUCAGGAAAAUGAAGACAGACUUCUCAGGCAAGUCAUGGCCAUCAAAAACAAAACAGUUGUUGAAGAAUCAGGCUAUUCAUAUAAGGCAUUAGGAAAAAUGUUUCAUGACUACACAGACCUAGAUGCUUCAGGACAAGGACGGUAUACACGUGACUCAUUUGAAAAGAGCUUGGAACCGAAUAUAAACUUAUUCAGUUGUUACAGGGGUUAUGCAAGAAGAAACACUGGUGAGCAUUUUAGAUGUGGGAGUACACUUAUUUCUUCCUAUUCUAAGCAUGAAAAAAUUCAUAAUGGAGUGAAACACUGUGAAGAUAGUCACUGUGGAAAGAUUAUCAGCAAUAAACAAUCUCUUAUUCAAUAUGUGAAUGUUGAAAGUGGAGAGAAGACCUGUUUGUGCAUUGAAUGUGGAAAAUCUUUUCUAAAAAAGUCACAACUCAUAAUACAUCAAAGAAUUCAUACUGGAGAGAAACCAUAUGAUUGUGGUGCAUGUGGGAAAGCCUUCAGUGAGAAGUCACAUCUCAUUGUACAUCAGAGAACUCAUACUGGGGAAAAACCUUAUGAAUGUUCUGAAUGUGGAAAAGCUUUCUCUCAGAAAUCAUCCCUCAUUAUACAUCAGAGAGUACAUUCUGGGGAAAAACCGUAUGAAUGUAAUGACUGUGGGAAAGCCUUCUCCCAGAAAUCACCCCUCAUUAUACAUCAGAGAAUUCACACUGGAGAGAAACCUUAUGAAUGUAAUCAGUGUGGGAAGGCCUUUUCCCAGAAGUCACAGCUGAUUAUACAUCAUAGAGCUCAUACUGGAGAGAAGCCAUAUGAAUGUACUGAAUGUGGGAAAGCCUUCUGUGAGAAGUCCCACCUCAUUAUCCAUAAAAGAAUUCACACUGGGGAGAAACCGUACAAAUGUGCUCAAUGCGAGGAAGCCUUCAGCAGGAAGACAGAACUCAUUACACAUCAGUUAAUUCAUACUGGGGAGAAACCUUAUGAAUGUACUGAAUGUGGGAAGACCUUCUCCCGGAAGUCACAGCUCAUCAUACAUCAGAGAACGCAUACUGGAGAGAAACCCUAUAAAUGCAGUGAAUGCGGAAAAGCCUUCUGUCAGCAGUCACAUCUCAUUGGACAUCAGAGAAUUCACACAGGAGAAAAACCUUAUGUAUGCAGUGAAUGUGGGAAAGCCUUCUCUCAGAAGUCCCACCUCCCAGGGCAUCAGCGCAUUCAUACAGGAGAGAAACCUUACAUAUGUGCUGAAUGUGGAAAGGCCUUUUCCCAGAAGUCAGACCUUGUUGUACAUCAGAGAAUUCAUACUGGGGAGAAACCCUACCAAUGUACUGUAUGUGGGAAAGCAUUCAUUCAAAAGUCACAACUCACUGUACACCAGAGAAUUCAUGCAGUGGUAAAAUCAUAAGAAUGGACUAAGCACAGAAAAGUCUUCAGUAUCUGCUCAAGCCUUAAUAAGUAACACAAAACCCAUGAAUUUCAAUGAGUUUGGGGGCAUCUUUACUGAUAAAAUUUUACAAGUGAAAUAAACUUCCUAACGUAUGUAAUUUUUUAUCAGAUAAUACAGACAUCUCAGUUAUAUAAAUAAUGGGCAUUUUCACUAUGGCAUGUAAAACUUUUGAGAUUGUGAACUGAAUAAUUAAUAUAACAAGUUACAUAUAUAUAGUUUAUUUUGAAGUUAUGUAUUUAUGAUUAUGUUACAUAGAAAGAAUUGGACAUGUGAUAAUAUUGUUAUUGUUAACUUAGCAUAAUUAUAGCUGUGCAGUAAUUCCCUGUAGAGGACAUGAAGAAAGCUUGAGUCAAAAGAUGCCAUGACCUAGAAACGGUGCCUGGGGGAAGGAUUUGAUUGUUACUCCUAAGGGUAUCUGUAAAAUUAUUCUUGUAGAUAGAUGGAAAGAUGGGUUGAUGAGGUCCAAUAAAUGGGGUAUCUUUGUUUGUUUUAUUUCAAGAAUAUAAGUUGAUCUGUGUCAGUGGAUGGACCCAGGAUCUUGGAAUUGACACUUCUUGCUAUUUUCUUUCUUUUACUCCUCCCCUUUAGGAACUUGGUGUGAUGAAAAGACAUAGAUGGCCAUGGGUUUUAAUGCUUAUUCCAGUACUCACCGAUUGUGUAACUUGUGUAACUCACCGAUUGUGUAGCCUUUUUUCAUCCACAGUAUCUGUUCCCUGAUCUAUAUAUAAAAUUCUGGCAGAGACAUGUUUUUAGCUCAUAUUUGUCCCCUUUAUCUUCCCUUUCUGUUCUUUUGAAGGAGGUUGCUAAUACCCAGGUGUACACCUUUAAACUUGAUUUGCAUUCCAGACACUGUGUUUCUGAUUCUCCUGAUUUCCUUUUCUGUCUUUUUUCCAUUAACACUGCCUUGUGUCUAGUGGCCUAAUUCAUACGUUAUGGAGACCUCACUUUUUAUUUUGCAAAUACAUGUACGUUAUGGUGCUUGCACAUAAAGACCGUGUAUGAUACCAUCACAGAUCCUGUUUUACCCUUUCCCAAAAGCACCAGUUCUUUUUCCUGAGAAUUGAGUGGCCCUCAGAGAAAAAUCCAUAGGGAAUGUGGAAGACAUGCCUGGGAUAGCCUACAUGGGCAGGUAUGAAUCCCACCUGUUAUCUCUAAAAUGUUUCUAUAUUCUUCGUUGUGGGCCCAAGUCUUCUCCGUAAGAAUCUUAAGGAAAGCAUCUUGAUGGGGAGAAGUCAUACGUAGCAGGGAUAUAGUGACCUGUGUGGCUAAAUAUGGUUUCUGCCAGAAAGUUCCUACUUGAUUCCUUCAUAUGUCCUGCUUAGCUGACCAUUUCUCUGCAGGGCCCCAGUGUUUACUCUGAGAAGUAAGACUCUGUAUGGGAACCUCUGCAGAGGACAUAGCAUACCUCAUAAAGAUAUGCAAAUGUGUGUGAGAAAAUUCUUUGUGUCAUUGUAAACAGUUAUUGAUACUGGCUAUAAUUGGCCAUUUGGAUCCGGGAAAUAAAACCUUCAGGCAUGUACCAUGGAGUGAUCUGCUUUGAGAGGUCUUGAUGGAAAUUGGCCCUACCUGGCCCUUACGGAAGGCAGCUAUGCUAACCACUAUACCACCAACGCCUACCUGGCCCUUAUGGAAGCAUGGGAAAAUCAGGGUCUCAGGAACAUAUAGAAAUGUGAGAAGGAAAUGAUAAUAUAGUAACACUUACAGAAAUAUGUAAGGAAAAUAAAGACUCAAGAGUUCUUAUCUUCUCAUGGGCCUUCCAUUUUGCCUUUUUACCUUCCAGGAAACCUCACUGAUCUGAUCAUGACAUAAUAUGUACUAUAUAUUACCAUAAAAUAUAGCAAAAUUUAAUACUUAUUGGUGUAUAGAAAAUUAUCCCUCUAAAGUCUGGAAAAAAGAUAAUGCCCAUUCUCACCAGUUUUAUUCAACAUUGCAUUGAAAGACCUAGUCAGGAAAAUCAGGCAAGAAAAAAUUGGUGUAAUUGAUUAGAAAGCAAUAAAACAUUAUUUAUUGAUAACAUUAUAUGCAUAGAAGAUGAAAAUGUAUAGGUUAAUUAUUAGAAAUAGAAAGUAGCAAUGUUUCUGUAUAUAAAGUUUUUAAAAAUAAAGUUUAUGCAAUAGAUAUAAAAUGAAAAUUUAAAGGCAUCAGUUACAGUGGCAUGAAAAAUACAUCAUGUCUAGAAAACGUGUAUUUCCAGUACUAUGUUGAAUAGAAGUGGCAAGAAUGGACAUCCUUGCAUUGUUCCUGAUAUUAGAGGAAAAGCUUUCUUCACCACUGAUUAUGAUGUUAGCUCUGAGCAUGCCAUAUGUUGCCUUCAUUAUGUGGAAGAAUAUUCUUUCUGUGACUAAUUUAUUGAGAAUUUUUAUCAUGAAAGGAUGUUGAAUUUUUGACAAAUAAUUUUUCUGCAAAAUGUUAAGAUGAUUUUUUUAUCCUUUAUUCUGUUAAUGUGGUGAUUACCUCUAUCAAUUUGUAUAUGUUAAAACAUCCUUGCAUCCCAGGUAUAAAUCACAUGAUCAUGGUGUAUGACCCUUUAAAUGUGCUGUUGAAUUCUGUGUGCUUAUGUUUUGUUGAGAAUUUUGCAUUUAUAUUCAUCAAAAAUGUUGGGCUUUUCUUGUAGUGCCCUUAUCUGGCUUUCGUGUCAGAGUAAUGCUGGCCUUGUAAAAUGAGUUUGGGAGUGUUCCCUUCUUCAGUUUUUUUGAUGAGUUUAAG